UCCAUUAAAAUCACGUCUCAUUCAAAUCCCAACGACCCGUCCACCGCCAUCGCAACGGAAAAGGGGCUUUCUAGAUUCACACAACAAAAAAGUGCACGGAGGAACUCGUCGGAACCCUAACAUCAUACUCUCUCUCUCUCUCAAUAGAUGGAGAUCGCACCGGCGAUGCUGGCUGCACAGGAUGGAGUCGGAGAAGCCGCUCCAUCGGCUUCGACCUUGACGUCAGAGAGUGUGUCGGUUGGUAACAAGAAUUCUUCAACCAAUACGUAUGAUGAUGAUGAUGACGAAGAGGAGGAUGUUUGCCGGAUCUGUCGGAAUCCGGGAGACGCUGAUAAUCCUCUCCGCUAUCCUUGUGCUUGUAGCGGUAGUAUUAAAUUUGUUCACCAAGACUGCCUUCUCCAGUGGCUAAAUCACAGCAACGCUCGCCAGUGCGAGGUUUGCAAGCACCCUUUUUCAUUUUCACCUGUUUAUGCUGAGAAUGCGCCUACAAGGCUUCCUUUUCAAGAGUUUGUAGUUGGGAUGGCAAUGAAAGCAUGUCAUGUGUUGCAGUUCUUUCUGCGGCUCAGUUUUGUUCUUUCUGUAUGGCUUCUGAUCAUACCAUUUAUUACUUUCUGGAUAUGGCGCUUCUCAUUUGUUAGGAAUUAUGGUGAAGCCCAGGGACUGUUCUUGAGUCAUAUCUCCACUACAGUUAUCCUUACCGACUGUCUUCAUGGGUUCUUGCUCUCUGCUAGUAUCGUGUUUAUUUUUCUUGGGGCCACAUCUUUGAGGGAUUAUUUUAGACAUUUGCGAGAAAUUGGAGGGCAGGAGGGUGACAGAGAAGAUGAAGGAGAUAGAAAUGGUGCUCGUGUUGCCAGAAGACAACCUGCUCAAGUCAAUGGAAAUCUUAUUGGUGAGGGUAAUGCUGAAGAUGCCGGUGGGGCACAAGGGAUUGCUGGGGCUGGUCAGAUGAUCAGAAGGAAUGCAGAAAAUGUUGCAGCCAGAUGGGAGAUGCAAGCAGCCCGUCUUGAGGCGCAUGUUGAACAGAUGUUUGAUGGUUUGGAUGAUGGGGAUGGGGCAGAGGAUGUUCCUUUUGAUGAGCUAGUUGGCAUGCAGGGUCCUGUUUUCCAUUUGGUGGAAAAUGCAUUUACCGUUCUUGCAAGCAACAUGAUAUUUCUUGGGGUUGUAAUCCUCGUGCCUUUCCACCUAGGACGGUUUAUACUCUAUCAUUUGUCAUGGUUUUUAUCAUCUGCCACCAACCCAGUGUUGUCAAAUGCUGUACCGUUUAGUGAGCAAGCACUUUCCCUGGCCAAUAUUACAUUAAAGAAUGCACUGACUGGGGUUGCGAAUUUGACAUCUGAUAACAACCCAGAUAACAAUGUGCUUGGCCAGGUCGCAGACAUGUUAAAGGUGAAUUCUACUGGACUUGUUGAGAACAACGUCACAACUGCCAGUUCAGCAGAUAUCCUGAAAGGAAUUACCCUUGGGGCGUCACGGUUGUCUGAUGUUACAACUCUUGCUAUUGGCUAUAUUUUCAUUUUCUCACUUGUCAUUUUCUACCUUGGAGCUAUUGCGGUUAUUAGGUACACUAAAGGAGAGCCUUUGACCAUGGGAAGGUUUUAUGGUGUUGCUUCUAUUGCUGAGACAAUUCCUUCGCUCUUCAGGCAGUUUGUGGCAGCAAUGAGGCAUUUAAUGACUAUGAUAAAGGUUGCCUUCCUUUUGGUCAUUGAGCUAGGGGUUUUCCCUCUGAUGUGUGGAUGGUGGCUAGAUGUUUGUACUAUAAGGAUGUUUGGCAAGUCGAUUUCUCAAAGAGUCGAAUUCUUUUCAGCCUCUCCAUUGGCAAGCUCAUUGAUUCAUUGGGUUGUAGGGAUUGUCUACAUGUUACAGAUAUCAAUCUUUGUCAGUCUUCUGCGUGGGGUUUUGCGUAAUGGAGUUCUUUAUUUUCUGCGAGAUCCAGCUGAUCCUAAUUACAAUCCGUUUCGGGAUCUGAUUGAUGAUCCUGUCCACAAGCAUGCACGUAGGGUUCUGUUGUCAGUCACUGUUUAUGGGAGCUUAAUUGUAAUGCUGGUAUUUUUGCCAGUCAAGCUUGCCAUGCGAAUGGCUCCAUUUGUCUUCCCUCUUGAUAUAUCAGUAUCUGAUCCAUUCACCGAGAUCCCUGCUAAUAUGCUUCUCUUUCAAAUUUGCAUCCCAUUUGCAAUUGAGCACUUUAAGUUACGGGCAACAAUCAAAUCACUCUUGCGCUACUGGUUUGCUGCUGUUGGCUGGGCACUUGGUUUAACUGAUUUCUUAUUGCCCAGUCCUGAAGAUGAAGGUGGACAAGAAAAUGGGAAUGGAGAUCCUGUAAGGCAGGAUAGGCUACAUGGUCAACUAGGUGGUCAAGAUAGAGCCGUGGUUGGAUAUUUGGCCCCUGAAGAUUUAAACAGAGCGAGGCAGGCAGCAGCUGGUGCUAAUCUUGCAGAAGAAGCUGAUGGUGAUGAACAAUCUGACUCGGAGAGGUAUGGAUUUGUACUCUGUAUAGUGCUGCUUUUGCUGGUGGCAUGGAUGACACUGCUGGUCUUUAAUUCUGCUAUAAUUGUGGUGCCUAUAUUUCUUGGACGAGCACUGUUCAACUCAGUUCCCCUUCUCCCAAUAACACAUGGCAUAAAAUGCAAUGACCUAUAUGCGUUCAUCAUUGGAAGUUAUGUCAUCUGGACUGCACUGGCUGGUGUAAGAUAUUCCAUUGAACAAAUCAAAACAAGGAGAGCUACAAUUUUAUUAGGUCAAAUUUGGAAAUGGUGUUCGAUUGUUGUGAAAAGUUCCAUAUUGCUGUCUAUAUGGAUUUUCAUGAUACCAGUGUUGAUUGGCCUGCUCUUUGAGCUUUUGGUAAUUGUACCAAUGCGGGUUCCUGUAGAUGAAAGCCCAGUUUUUCUAUUAUAUCAAGAUUGGGCCCUUGGACUUAUUUUCCUCAAGAUAUGGACUCGAUUGGUAAUGAUGGAUCAUGUGUUGCCUCUGGUGGACGACAGCUGGCGGGGAAAGUUUGAACGGGUGAGAGAUGAUGGUUUCUCCCGGCUGCAAGGCUUUUGGGUGCUACGUGAGAUCGUGGUCCCCAUCGUUAUGAAGCUGUUAACUGCUCUGUGCAUCCCUUAUGUAUUAGCUCGAGGGGUAUUUCCGGUAUUUGGUUACCCACUAGUCGUCAAUUCAGCGGUUUACAGAUUUGCCUGGUUGGGGUGCCUUGGUUUCAGUUUGUUAUGCUUUUGUGCAAAGAGGUUCCAUGUCUGGUUCACCAACCUUCAUAACUCGAUAAGAGACGACCGCUAUUUGAUUGGCCGAAGACUUCAUAACUUUGGGGAAGACAAACAAGAAACUCCACAUCCACAUCCCGUGGUUGAGACCUCGGGUUUCGUGGGACUUGCAUUGAUGAGAGACAACGGAGGUGAAGCUGAUUUGGGGUUGAGGCAUAGGCGCAAUAUUCCGCUAGAGGAUUGAAACAGGUGGUUUCUGGCACAUAGAAGGGUAAGCAAUGUUUCUCAUCAUCAAUCCACAACUUAACUUGGUUUCGUGAUUUUUCAGGUUUUUUUUUUUCUUCGUACUUUUGUGAAUAUAUGGUUUGUGGGAGGUUAGGCAAAAGAGUAUAAAGAUAUGAAACUUAAUGUAUUUUGUGGGGUCAUAUAAAGAGGGUGUUUACCAUUUAGGAUCUUGUGCAAUCGUUAAGCCGAUGUUAGCGGUGUUCCAAAAAGGGUUUGACCAGUAUAAACCGAUUUGAUCGUGAACUAGCCUGGAAUGUCGGGUCUCUAAUUGUAACUUAAUUGCAUUAAUGUCGAUGUUUUGUGAUACUGUUAGAGUAAUGAACCAUGGUUUAGAGAUUGGGUUAAUAAGAUUACCAUUUUAAUGUUGAGAUCAAA